GCGACCGAUGGCGGCGGCGGUGAUGGCGGAGGCGGAGGAGGAGCUGGCGCACGCCGAGGUGCUGGAGCUCUUCCAGGCGGCGCUGGCGCGGCUGGUGCAGGACCCGCUGCUCUGCGACCUCCCGCCGCAGGUGACGGCGGAGGAGAUCGGCUCGCAGGUGGCGCUGGAGUACGGGCAGGCCAUGACGGUGCGGGUCUGCAAGGCGGACGGCGAGACCAUGCCCGUGGUGGUGGUGCAGAACGCCUCGGUGCUGGAGCUAAAGAAGGCGCUACGGCGGCACGUCCAGCUGCGGCAGGCACGGCAGGGUGGCGUCCAGCACCUCAGCUGGAAGUACAUAUGGAGGACAUACCACUUAACCUACGCUGGAGAGAAACUGGCGGAUGACAGAAAGAAGCUGAGAGAGUAUGGCAUCAGAAACCGGGAUGAGGUCAGCUUCAUAAAGAAACUUCGAAAGUAACUGGUCAGAGAGAGCAGAGAAUCCAGCCCUACCAAGACCAGACUGUGGAUUCAGCAUGUUCCUGGAGAAGAAGGUUGUAACAUUUCAAAGAGAAACAAACUCCAGCCGAGUGGAUGUUCUCACAUGGUUUUUGCCGUUGCUAUUUUAAACGUCUGCUUCUGAGCUGUAUGUGGAAUGCACUUUCAGUGAUUAAAGACACACUCUAGUUUUCUGAG